AUGCUUCCUUCCGUGUCGCGGGCCCGGGGCUGGGCUGACAUCCAAGAGGGCUGUCGGAACGCCUUGCAGUAUCACCUCAUUACCAACAAUAUGAACUGGACUGAUGCCCAGAGAUACUGCAGAGAGAAAUACACUGAUCUGGCUACAGUAGAUGACAUGGAGGACCUGAACAGGCUGAUUACCAAUGUCAGUGUUUAUGAUUAUUUCUGGAUCGGAAUGAAGAAGGGAGACUCCAUGAAGUGGCACUGGUCUCUGGCAGACAGACGUUUCUACAGAAAGGGGGAGACUGAGUUCAGAAACUGGGACACUGGGACACCCCAAAAUGGUAACUGUGCUUUAAUGAGUACAGCUGGUCUGUGGAACAACACCUCCUGUGAUGACCAGCAUCACUUCAUCUGUUAUGAUGGAAAACAAGGCACCAACCUAACAUACGUCUUAAUUCAGGAGAACAAGACCUGGAUAUAUGCUCAGAGUUACUGCAGACAGCAUCACACAGACCUGGUCAGUGUGAGGAACCAGAUUGAGAACACAGAGAUAGAGCAGAAGAUAUCACUGAGGGGACUUCCUGUGUGGAUCGGUCUGUUUCAAGACUCCUGGAGAUGGUCAGACCAGAGUGACUCCUCAUUCAGAAACUGGACAUUAGGAUAUCCUGAUGCUUCAGGACAGAACUGCCCAGCUGUGGAGACCCCUGAGAAACCCCAACUGAAGAGACAGGUGGUGAGAAUGAAAGUGACCCCAAAGGAUCAAAAUCUGAACUUCAGUGAUUCUGCUGUUCAGGACGCCAUCUUACAAGAGUUCUGGGUCCGCUAG